AUGUCCACCUCACUGCUGUACCUUCUGAUCCCGGUCGGGGUCGGCGCAGGUAUCUAUCUGAUCCGAAAGCUACGUGAGCUCCAAUGGGGCUGGGUGCGCAACAAUUUCUCCCUUCGCGGCAAAGUCUACAUCGUAACGGGCAGCAACACCGGAUUGGGCUACGAAACGGCCAAAGCCCUGGUGGCCCGUCAGGCAACCGUUAUUAUGGCCUGCCGCAACAUGGAGAAGGCAAGCCACGCCAUCGCCAAGAUCCGUCAGAAGACCAGCGAGGGCGAACUGAUCCCGCUGGAACUAGAUCUGGCGUCGUUUGAGUCCAUUCAUAAGUUUGCUGCCGAAAUCAAGGCCAAAUACCCGACGUUCGAUUGCCUUAUUAAUAAUGCCGGACUGGCCAUGCAAACUCCGCAGUACACGAAGGAAAACUACGAAGUGCACUUUGGGGUGAACCAUUUGGGACAUUUUCUACUGGUGGAUCUGCUGAAGGAUAACAUCAAGAACAACUCCGCUCGAGUUGUGGUCGUUUCGUCCAAGAUGCAUGAGAAAAACGCCAAGGUUGACUUCGAAAACCUGGGAAAAUGGGUGGACCGUGCUCGAGGUGAUCGCUUCAACAAUCUGUACAACAACUCCAAGCUGAUGAACUUCUACUUUGCCCGAGAACUAUACAAGAAGGGAUACGAUGCUCAUGUGUUGUGUCCGGGCUUGUGCCACACGGAUUUCUUCAGAGAUUACAAUCCUAAGUGGUACCACUACGUCCUGUUUUCGCCAGUGGUUUGGCUGAUGCUUCGAUCCGCCAAGCAGGGGGCUCAAAAUAUAAUCCACUGCGCAACAGAAAAUAUCAACACCGCAGAGAAGAAUCCGGCUACGGGAUAUUAUAUUGCCAACGUGAAACAGACAAAAUCGAAGGUCGCAUUUGAUGAUCUGGUUUCCGAGCGACUGUGGAAGGAGAGUGUACGCGAGAUCAAUGAACAUAAAAAAUAAAGUAGCGAAGAAAAGUACUCACUACAUACUAGAAUAAAAAUACUUUGGUGUUGGGAUGAAAGGGUUGAUUCCUUCUAAAUCUGAUUUCUUAAUACUCGUAUAAGCGGUAAUGCAUCACAACUUGGACUGCGAUAUCGUAUGAUGCUUUGAACUGAUAUUUAGGAAUAUACUGAUGAUUUGUAUAACGA